CCAAACAGAGGCAGAGGGCGGUCCUAGUGAGCCCCGGACUGAGACCACCUUAGGACCAGCGGCUCCCCGCCCUCGUCGGGAGAGAUAAAUGCUGACUCCUCGCAAAGUUUCCUACUGCAAAGUUUGCUCCUCAGCCUCCGCGGGAGAAGGAAGCUUGGGGAUCUCUCCUACGCUGGGGCUUUUUUGCUCCCUGAAUUCCAGCCCCUGUUCUCUGGCUCCACUGGGCAAGGGCCUCUGGCUGCAGAGCUUUUUCAUCUUCCCCCAGCACAGAAACCAGUUGCUCGGCCCCAAAGAAAACAAGUCAACCGAGAAGAUGUGGAAGGUGCCAGUUCUGCUCUUGGUUUUGGGAAGCGCGUGGCUCUGGGACCCGGCAGGAGCCAGCACAGUCCGGCCAGAAGAUGACAUAACACCAGGUGUAGAAGAUAGCGUGGUGACCCUAGGUGCAGAAGAUAAUGUGAUGACCCCAGGCACCAGUGAAGAGCCUUAUGAGUCUGGCUUAACAGCCCUGGGUAAAUUCAUCUUUUGCCAUUUGUUAAAUUAUAGUUAUUAUAUCCUAAUAAUUCUGUAUCAUUAUAUCUCUUUCUUUACAGAGAAAGUAGGUGAAGACACAGAGACAACAGUUGAGAAAGAUGGCCUGGCAACAGUGACCCUGGUUGGAAUUAUAGUUGGAGUCUUACUAGCCAUUGGAUUCAUUGGUGGGAUCAUCAUUGUGGUUGCUCGAAAAAUGUCAGGAAGGUACUCGCCCUAAAGAGCUGAAGAACUGUGCCCUUCUACCAACACUUUUUUAAAAGAGAGUUUCCGACUUCCCCAUCCCUGAGCACGUGGGAGAAGAUGACCCAUGGAAAUCGCUUGGCAAUCCCACUCCAAAUCCAUGGUGAUCCCUCCGCUUGCCAAAAGUAACCCAGGGAAAGACAAUUCACGAGACUCGCUCCUCUAGGCAUUUUGUCUUUUGAAAAUAUUUUUAAAUAUACAUUUUGUAAAAGAUGAUUUAAAAGACAAAAUGCAUAGAAAAUGGAGCAAAGCGAUGUAAACUGAUUUGUAACUAAGACAAUAUAAUUUAAUCGAUGCUGGAAAUUAUAAUCCUGUCUCUGUUCUGACCAUUCGCUGUUAUUGUUAAAAUGCAAUCAAGUCUGGAAAUAUUAUAUCAAUGGAGUCCCUGAGUUUAGUACCAUGUUCGUGAGUGGCAUACGCAUUGUGCAGUCUCCGCUCUGUUGAAAUGUACAUAUUCCAAUCCAGUCUGGUCUGUUGUGAAAGCCUAAUUUCAUGUCAAUAAUCAAGUAGAAAAUCUAAACUUGUAUAAUAUGUAAUGAGCAACUGCCUUUCACUGGCCCAGAUAAAUCAUUUCAAAGGCCCCCAUGUUAGAGUACAAACAGGAAGUCUAUGGUUUGGAGAAGGGAUUUUGUUUCUCACAAUAAGGUCAUCGGGCAGGCUCUAGGCUGGCUUCUUGCCUUCUCCAGCGAUGACUUGGUGACUUACAGAUUUGCUCCCACCUGCUGCCUCCUCUUCCCUCAGAUGAUGAGCCAGAGCUCCUGGAGCAGCCUUUUCUCUUCCCAGGACCUAAGCCCUUCAGAUUGGCUGUUUUGUUCUGGAAUAUGGAAGUCUUAGCCCUGGAUGCCAGGGAGACUGCUGGAUGCCCAAGGGUGCCUGAGGCUCAGAUGUUCCAGAAACCAAGAACUAUGGUAUUCCCCAAACAGAAGGAAACCCUGUGUGUCCCUCUGGCCUGAUUACUUUCUGCCUUAGAGGAAACAUCCGGGACACAAAAAUAAUCCUGUAAGAUAGUAACUUUAAGAAAGCAGGUGGAAUUUAAAGACUGGACGUAAAAAAUCAAAGAAAUUCUCAGUCUCCGUGACACAUCCCACACACUUCCAUGGGGUCAUCAUUGAAAAGAUCAUCAGAGUAAAGGACCCCACGCUACCAUAUGGGGCGGGCUCCAUCCAGCUCAGCAUUUUCUGUAGUUCAGCUGCCUUCUUUUUCCCAAACACAAAGUUUUCAUACUGAGCAGGUGCUCUGUCACGAUUGUGGUUGUGCAGGUCUGAUAUCCUCUCAACUCGUACGAAAAAGUAAACUAUCCUUUGGAAAAGCACCGCCCAUUCCUCUCUUUCUUGCAGUAACACGGGGAUGUUAUGUUAAACAGCGUGCCCUUCUGUUACCCAAGUCUGGCUGGUCCACCAACCCGGGGUCUGUAUUUGAACAUCCGCUGAUUGAGAGCAGGGGCUUUAGAAGGGCUUUGUGUGCUUACGUAUCCUUCUGUUUCAUCGCUCAGAUUCCUGAACGGGAGUUUGGGACAAAGUCUGUUUUGUCUUGCGUGUCCUUUCUUUUUUUUCUCUCACUGUGAACAAUAACUUUCUGCCCCAAGUCAUACACUGGACCCGCCACCUGCUGGGACAGGACUGUGGGUUUCUUGGUCACAUCUGUGUUGGUGCUCAAUGCAGUGUAGAUGUGUUUUAAAAUAAAAAACAGAUGAUUGCGUAUAA